UUUCUGUUCCAGAGUUCGGCUAUUGUAAGCUGUUGUGUUUAGUGAGCAGGAACGCGCUUCACCAUGGCCACGCGCACAGACCGCCUCGCGCAGCCCAAAGCAAACCUACUCAGAUUCCCAGACAGGCGCUCAGUAUACUGGCUUGAUGAACUACCAACCAGGUCAAAGAACAUCUCCACAACGGCCUUUGAACUGACUCCUCGAUUGGAGCAGCUCGCCCAGAGCAAACAAUCAAGCCGUUUCUUUAAGGAGAGCAGAAGGUCACCGGAGUGGAUGGUUAGUGCGGCGGCUCUAAAAGCAUGUCCUUCUCAAAGAGUGUGUUCACUGGCUUCGCCUCGUGUGCCUGUUGAUGGAUGGCAGCCUGAUCGCCCCCUUCUGGCUCCUUUGAGUUACGCGGUUAAAACUGCCAAGCUGAGUCCUAGGAUAUGUGAUUUAGCUCAACCCAAGCGAGGCAAGAUGGUGUUGACUCAAGCACCCAGCGUGGAUUCAAGCACCCACGCGUCUGGCGUUCCCACCCCACCCUCCUCACGAAUACUGCAGCUGGCCUCUCCUAAACAGGUUCACGCAGAGCACGCUCUCGCCAGGCCGGUGUCUGGGCCGGUUCCGGAUCGUGUCCUGAAGGCUGUAGCCAGCGAGAGUCUGCAGACGCUGGCUCGACCCAAGACACGCCAGGCCCUGUUUGAGGGGUACGACCCCUACCGGGUCAGUCCCGCCGCCCGGGCCGCCACCGCCUCCCCCAGACUGAUGGAGCUGUCUUUACCCUUACCACGCAAGUGUAAAAGCCAAUAAACCAUCAUCCCUCCAU